GUUCUUGCUGUUGGUUUGUGCGUCUUCAAUUUUGCUUUCUGUCAAUCAUUCUCAAGUCAGUUUCGUGUUUUCAACAUGAAUUUCUACAAUCUUCUCUUCGCCAUUGGUGCCUGCUGUUUCCCGACCGAACAAAUCCAGAUGUUCGAUGAACUACCUGUUGAGCUCGUGAUUCAAAUUUUAAGCUUUUUGGAUCCAAAGUCUCUGUCGAUUAUGUCGCGCAUGAAUAAGCGCUUAUUUCACAUUUGCAAGAACAACAAAAGCCUCAGGACCACAAUCAGAAGACAUUUACGCAAGGAACGAAAAGAACAAAUGAGGAAAAUGCUGAACCCAGUCAAAGUCAGAGUUCUCAGGAGAGGACCCGAAAACACGGAUGUUGUAUUCCAACGCCAAAAUACCAGGAGAGAAGCCGUCAUUACUCGAAAUUUCGAGCCCUCGCGAGUUUUGCCAGGACACACCGAAAGCCCGCAAGUAGUAUUUCAACGCCAAAGAACAAGGAUUGGAACCGUAGUCGCUCCACAUUUCGGACCCUCGCAAGUUUUGCCAACUACAAAACGUCCGAUUGCUGCCGUCUCGAAGAAACGAUCACGUGGUGGUCAGGAGAACCCAGGACCAGGACUGGCCAAGAAGAUGCGGAUUUAAUUUGUCUCUCGCGAGUUAGUUUUUAAGUUUACUCAUUCUGUAACUUAAUUGUAAAAGGCCUUUGUUUGUACAGUUUUGUAAAUUUUAUUGUUGUUAUUUGUAAAUAUUGUUUUUUGUUAAAUAAAAUUGUAUGCCAUUGAACACAUUCGA